AUGUCCUUCAACGGCUCUAUCAACGCCCAACAGGGUCAAGUCUACCAACUCGACCAUGUCCCCAACCGUCAUGCCCUUACUCACGUUCCCCAAUUCGAAGGUCACCCACUGACUAGCUGGACCUUCCUCGACUUCGUGACCCCGAAUGAUCGUGCAACCAUCCCUAUCAUAGGCACACAGCAGGCUCUGGCGUCCCUGGACCACGCACUUUCAGCUGGCAUCUUUGCCCGUCGUGCUGCAGAAUCUCGCCUUUUUUCGGCCUAUACUCCCCUCGCCAUCGCUCUCAACACUAUCUGCGCGAAGGUUGGCGCUGAACCCAUCACUGAGCGCGAUCUCGCCCAGCUCCAUCGUGCCCCUUGGUUUGCUGAUUUCGCAAAGGCGGUCAUCAAGCGCUAUGAUGCCGAGGGUCAGAUCAAACUCAACGACGACAACCUCCUUUCUGAAUCUUGUUUGAGUGAGGAUCACAUGGUCCUUCUCGCCGAGGCUUUUGCUGCUUCCCAGAACCUCUCGAACAUUGAGCUGGGCAUUGUGGCCAUCACCCAGAAGGGCGUCAAGGCCUUUCACUACCCUUGGACUGCUACCUGCAAGGGGUUGACUGCCUGGGUUGUGGCAGACUUGCGUAGCAACGACCCCAUUUACUAUGGUCUUGGUCGCGAGAUCGUCGAGCAGCACGAGGGUACAGAUGGCGAGGAAGAAGAGCACGAGAGUCAGGAAGAAGACGCCGACGACGAGGAAGUCCCCACCGUCACCCCUCGCAAAACUGCUACCCGCGUCCUUGACCAGCAAGUUCCCCUACGCGCUGGUCUCUCGGCUAAGGACAUUCUGGAGCGUCACACCGACAACCUCCAGUAUAACAACAUCCUGAAAGUCGGUCUUCAGUACAGUAACCAGGAAAUCGCGAAGAAGGUUGCUGAAGCCGCCGUAGGCAGCACCAAGAAGUUCUCGACUGGAGCCAGCGGUGUCGUCAAGCGCAUCAACACCGGCAUUGACUUUAUCGAGAAGGAGUUUGGCAUGGAUGUUGGUGCCUUCCGCACUGCCUAUGAUACCGAGCGCAAAAACAACGGCAUUCCAAUCCGUGGCAAGGACGGCGUCGAUGAUCAGGUUCUCGCUGCCAACGCCAGCAAGAUCAAUGAUGCCAUGGCAUGGGUCAAGUCUGGUGGUCCUCGUCCUGUUGUUGCUGUCGCGCCUGGCCCUGUACCCACUGGUUAUGAACCUGCCUUUCCUGCUCCAAACGCCAAUUCGGGUUCAAUCAACACUUUCAACAGCAACGUUCCUCAGAUUGACGACGCCAUGGACGAACUCGAUCAGGACUUCAAAUACGCUCCUGAAGUGCAGUCCGACAACUUCUUGUCGCAGCUCAACGAGCCUCAGCCUGACUGGGACUCUAUGUUGGAUGACACUCUUAUGAACUUCAACGACACCUUCAACUGA